CCAUCUCAGUCCCGUUCGCACUCGAUUCCACGCAACGCUUACACCGAUGUCCCAGCAGGAGCAUUCGGCCUCUCCCCCGCCAGGCUCUGCGGGAAACUCUGCGACAGGCGUCCGCCGACACCACACCAUAUCUGCUUCGUCUCGCAACGCGCGCCCGACCUCAAAGUACCAGUCUCAGGAUGUUGAAGACGACGAGCAAGAGCAGGCUUGGGGUCAAGACGAUGUCGUGGAUCAGGACUGGCGCGGCGGGAUUGGUGCCGUUGGCGAGAAGUCCAGUCUGCAUCGCCAGGCAUCACUCCCCACCAAAUACCAUCGCGCAUUUGGCGGUCCCGGCCAGAGACAGCCCGGGAAUUACACCCCGCGCACUCUGAACAGCCUCUCUGCCAUCGCUGGCCAUGAAGGCGACGAAGAAGUCGAAUGGGAAAGGGAGAUGAUGGGCUUGCGCAAUGAGGAUGACUCUCUCUCGUCGUCUGAUCACGGCCACCAAGAAUCGUCCACUUCCCCCCUUUCCCCUCACUUCAGUGGGGGCGUCGCUCAUGGACCCUCACCGCCUCCGAUGGACUCCGGUGCUGGCGUAAGGCGUCACCAGAGUCUCAACUAUCCCAAUGCCAACGCUGCUAUGCGGCGCCUGACUUCUGGCCUGCGGCGCGCAGGGACUCUUCAAGCACCGCCGCUUAAGGGUCAGGUACAGCAAUCGUAUUCUGGGGCUCAGAGUCCUAGUCCUACUGGCGCCGAGGAGUAUGAUGACGAUAACGACAGUGUUCGGGCAGAAGAGGAUGAUGGUUACUUCCGCAUGCCCUCACAGCAAGGUCAAGGGCAAUACCCGACGAGCCCGAUCGGUAGGUCGUCUCCUUGGAGCACCCCUGGUGCAGGAAACGACUGGAGGACACAACUGGCUGGUAAUAUCAACCCCAAUACUGGGGCCGCACCAAGUGGCAUCGACGACGUUUCUCGUGCUUUGUCUGCUUUGGAGAUCAAUCAGCAGUACGCUACUGGGAAUGCCGGAAAUAGCUACCAGCAGGGCAUGCGCAACAAUGGCGGUGUUGGCAAUGGCGCAUCGCGCAAGCUGCAGCUGGUCACGGACCUCGAUAACCAGAUGCAGCAGGGGUCAAUCCAAAGUGCGUCUGCGUACGUCCCCCCUAUUGGUCAUGGCAUGCAGCAAGGCCAGGGUCAACGUCAAGCCGAGCGGGACGAACAGCCUCAUCAUCGAGAGCGCUCUUUCACGGCGUCGGGCUCAGGCCCAUGGGACAGCAAAGAUCGUCCUGCCGGAAACCGGAUGUCCAACCAGAACAUGCACAGCGUCUACCAAGGCAAGAGCGGAAACACAGGCAUCCCCGCAGCUUCGUCUCUCUCUUCUCAGUACAUCAACAACCAAGGCCAGGCGCCACGACUCGGUCUUGCGAACGCUUCUCAGCAUAGCCAGCAGUCUUCCGAAGGCAGAGCUUCUUCUGGGUCUAAUAACCCCAGUCCGCCUGCCGAUAAUUUCCUCACUUCACCUAUCGACCUGCCUACUUUGAUUGCGACCAAGGGUUACAACCCUGCCGACUUUGAUACACGGCCUCUCUUCGCACGAUACUUCGUCAUCAAGUCUUACACCGAAGAUGACGUACAUAAAUCGCUCAAGUAUGAGAUCUGGUCUUCUACCGACCCUGGCAAUAAGCGUCUGGAUAAGGCUUUCAAGGAAAACUCGGGAAGGGGUCCGAUUUACCUCCUCUUCUCUGUCAACGCUAGCGGCCACUUCUGCGGCAUGGCCGAGAUGCUGACACCUGUCGAUUAUACUCGCAGCAGCACCGUCUGGGCUUCUGAUAAGUGGAAGGGUGUCUUCAAGGUCAGAUGGGUCUUCGUUCGCGACAUCCCCAACUCGAGCUUGCGACACAUUAGGCUCAACAAUACCCAGGAGCGUAAGCCUGUGACCAACUCCCGAGACACGCAGGAGUUGCUGCCCGAGGCUGGACAAGAGAUGUUGCGAAUCUUCCACACUCACCCUGCCCGUACUUCGCUCCUUCAGGACUUCGCUUUCUAUGAACUGCAAGCCAUGCAGAAGGAGCAACAACGGCGAAUGCAAUCAGGAACGUCCUCCCCCGACCAAAGCUCUUCCGUACAAUCCUCGAACAUUACAUCCCCUGUCCUCGGCGCCAAUACUACAGGACAACACCCUUUCGCCAUGUCAAAUCCCGCUGCCCUUGCCUACGCCGCCCAGAUGGGUCUCACCGGCAUGAACAUGGGAAUGGGCAUGGGCAUGAAUCCCAUGCUUCAGAUGCAAAUGAACAUGGGCAACAUGGGCGGCAUGGGCGGCAUGGGCUCCGCAUUUACCAACCCCCACACUCUGCAGAGCGUCAUGCGCAACCCGAGCCCUGCGCCCAUGGGUGGACAGAACUACAUGGGCAUGGGCGGCAUGCCUGGCUUCUGAUUACUUCGUGUCUCUUCUGUCAACUACUAGAGCUCGGAACGUGCUCGGGACGAAUAGACUCAAACGGGAAAUGGCCGACGCUUGGUAACGUAUAACGCUAAUGUUCAUCAUGUUAUCCUUCUUCUUCUUUUUCCGUGUUCGUAUCUUGUCAUACAUCUUCAAGUGUAACACCAAAUUGCUCGCGACGCUCCAUUUAACGACUCCCCCACUAUUUUUUGUGUAGCAUUCUCAUCCUAUGUCUUCCGUUAAUUUCGACUCCUCACUUUCUUGGAUAGCAUUGUCCAGUCUUUAUAGUUAUUCUGACCUCCC